CGGCCUUGUGCGUCGCCGUUUCUGCUCCGGGCGGCCGCCAUGUCGUACGAGCUGCACUUGCGGCUGCCGGACGAGGCGCGCUCGCUGCCGCCCACGCCGCUCCUCAACCUGGGCUCGGUCUGGAUGGGCGUCCACCGACAGCUCCUGUACACUACCGUGGGCUUUUAUGUCGGCCACUACAUGGCCAGGCGAGCGGCCUACUUCUAUGCGAAAAGGGACCUAGACAUUGCAGAGUACAUCCGGACUCAUCCAGAGGAUUUCAAGGACAAGAAAAAAAGAAAAAUGGCCGAGGUGCUGGAGGACUUCCAUCCCAUUCGCUGAAGCCUUGGCAGACUCCCACAGUGACUCGGUCUCCAGCACCCCUUUCUAAGUUAUCCCGCCCCCCCGCCGCCUGUGGAUUUGCAUAGAUUGUAUAUCUCCGUAGAGGCAAAGUACCUGAUCGAAACGUGUACCUGAUUGAAAUGCAAAGACCACCAUUGGGUCAAUAAAAUGACAAACAGAAGUA